GAACAGAUCGCGAUGGCGGACGAUUGACUUUUCAUAAUUCCGGUAUAAAUUUUUGUUUUUGUUUCAACUGAUCACGAUUUUUCUCAACAGAUUUCUCUUAAAUGGAUGAAAGCGUACUGACCUCUCUCCUCCUGUUAAACCCUUCGGGUACAAACACGGGAUACUGUUCGGUUCAAGAUAGUCUGGAUGAAGUCGAGAGAAGGGACUCACAUCUUGACACAGAUGUUAUUUGCAUUGAGGAUUCCCCGAUAAGUAUCUCGAGCACUGUCAAUGAGGAGAUGUCAAAUAUAACUCCUUGCUCUUCUGUCCAUGAAGAAGAAGAUAAUGCAAGCGUAGUGGAAAUUUUUGUUUCCGCUAAGCCAGGAACCUCGCGGGAGUCGAAACCACCAUUGUUCUUUCUUGAAGAUCAAGAUGACGGGGUUUCAUCAUCGUGUUCGAUCUCAGUAAACAUGGAUGUUCAAGAUUACUACGAGAGGAUUACGAACAAAGAAGAACAUUCGACUUCUAGGAGAAAAGAAAAUCGUUUAAUCAAAAGAGAGCGAGAUUUCACUGUCCCUUGUUUAGAGACAAGAACUUCACUUAAAGCUCGCUACGAAUCUAAGUUUAAGCUGCACAUGAGAUUACGAAAGGCUGCUGGAAUCUCUAAUGCGCCAAAUUUCCGGAGAAAGUUUUACAAAUACAAGAAGCAUUUACACAAGGAACUUGAUGACUGGGAAAAUUACUUAAAUGAGCAGAGUGCACAGGAGGCUUACAUCGCUGUGGAGAAUGUAGUUGAUAAUGAAGGUCCACCGAAAGACUUCAUAUACGUGACUAAUAAUGUGAUGCACCAAGAUAUGCCAAGUCAUUUGUUUGACAUUGAUUAUCUUGUUGGGUGCAGCUGUGAGCGGAUAUGCACAAUGGAAACUUGUGACUGCCCACGAAACGGUGGAGGGGAGUUUGCUUAUGACAGGAACGGAAGGGUGCGUGUGAAACCAGGCACACCUAUAUAUGAGUGUAACCCGCGCUGUCCCUGUAGUCUGUCAUGUAGAAAUCGUGUGUUGCAGCGAGGCCGGACCGUUAAGGUGAGUGCUUUUCAAAUUUCUUUUAUGUACAUUUAUAAUGUUGGACAUGUAACCCUAGCAGUGGUUUGUCUUUUUCUUUUUAUGAGCCUGGCAACCAGACUUACAGCAUUCACAUUAUUCAAUGGAAUAAUUUUGUCACCUGUUGGCUUGUGAAGUUUGAUCCUGGUUACCAAGCUUUUCUUGUCUGUUACUACCUAUGUGAGAAAUUUCAGCUUUGUUAGCAAAUUUAUUAAGGAACAAACUUUCAAAGUUUUUUCCUGUUACCAUUCUCAAGUGUUCAUAUGAGAGAUAUUUUUUGCCCAGUGAUCCACAUCUGAGAAGCCAAAACCAGAUAUGUACAACAUGACCAGCUCACCUUCUUAAGAAUACACUGAUAUUUGUCCAAGGUUAAAAAUGUGAAGGUGAGAUCUUAUGCACUGGAUCAGGGCUUGUAUGAGGAGGCAAGGAAUGAUACUUAAGAAAUAUACAAACCUAUUAGAAUCUUUGUAUCUUUGACCAUUGUUCACACAACUUUGAUGUAAGACCAUCUAUGAACAGACUUAUGAGGCUGGCCAGUUCCCUUGAAGCUUAAAUGUCUAUUGAAUGCUGAGAAGAUACUUAAUCAUGGUAAUAGGACAGAUUGGAGUCCAAUUCAGUCUGUAAUUGGACCACACAAAGUCCUGUUACCAAUUAAUCAAAACUAUGAAAAAAUAUAAGAUAGAAACUAGACAUUGUUAUAUGUUUCCUUAAAAAAAAAAAAAAAAAAAAAAAAAAAACACUAGUUAACUCGGUAAAAUGCAAGACAACUCUAUUACACUGUCCAAUUACAAGCAUGACAUGCACACUGUUCUAUUAGUGCUCAAAUCGAACUGGUGAUAACCAUUCAUGUCCAAGAAUUUUGUUCUAGUUUUGAUUAAAGGGGAUAUCAGGGAGUUGUACAGCUUCAUGGUAGUUUUAUGUACUCAGAUAUGACCCUUUGAUGGGAACUUCUGUUGGAGCAUGAAGGCCCAACUUUCAACCUGAGACCUCCAACACUACUGUGGGUCACCUUCAAACCUUUACACCCUAACAUCAGUAUGCAUAUUCUCCAUACUGUUCCUUAUACAUUUCCUAAGGUGCUGACAAAGAGAAUUUGUGUAACAAUCAACAGCUUUUUUUACUUGGUGAUCAUUUCCGUUAUUCUCAUGAUAUUAAUAUGUGAUUCAGGGGUGAUAAUGUAAGGAGAAACUAGAUGCUGGUCACACUUAGAGGUCAAAGGGUCGAAGAAAUGAGAAUUAUGUCUUCCCUGGGUGCUCCAGCUUAACAGGAGUUCUGCGCUGAUCAUUACAGUUCUGUUUAGCUGGCCUUUCAAAGUUGGACUUACUAACAGGGCGGCUGGGUUGAAGAUUUAGUAAAGCUACGAUACAGAUAUUUUGUGUUGGGUUCACAGAAUUACGGCAUUGAUUUCAAGGUAGCUUUAUUUGAUUGUAAUAACAUUGCCUUCAUUUUCCUCCACCAAUUCCCAUCCAUGCUCUCUCAAGGAAGAUUUUAGCAGCUGAUCACUCUUUAUAUAUUCAAUAAUAUAAUAAGCCACUCGAUGAUUGAAGCACACUAUUGUUUGUAAAAUAAAACUUUCCCUCCAUUGUUGUACACAGAGAGCAAAAUGUCUGUUUCAUAAAGUAUUAAUAAGGUAUUAGAGAAAUACCUUAUAAAGAAAAUGAAAUAAAGAAAUAAAAAAAUCAAAUACUUUAAGUCUCUUCUGAAGUUACUCUUGUUAAGAUGUAAGGUUAUAGGAUUUGUCUGAACAUAAUGUAAAUCCUUUGAAGACAGCUUUUUCUUGGUUUCUUUGACCCAUGUUAAGUUCAACAUUAUCAAAUAUGAAAUAGAGGUAAGAGCCAUCACAAUAUAAACUUAGGGCAGAAAUUGUUUGCAUAAGUUACGGGGGUUGAGUUGAGAAUGUGUGAUCUUUAGUUUUAGUUGACUUCAACUGUGUUGCCGUUGUGGUGUGGCAUCCAUUCAAGUCAGGUGUAGUUUCAUACUGGUACAAGCUAUCAGGGUCUCUGCCCUCUCUGAUCCUCACUUUUUUUAAGGUCUGCAGCCUCUUCUUUUCCUCAGCACUGCCUGAAGACGUUACCAUGUCAUCAGUGACUGUGGGGUCCAACUAACCCCAUUCUGUUGAAUAUUGCCUGCCCACAUUUUGUAGGGCUAUCUCCAUUGGAAUUCUGCAUAUUUCCUCCAUGUCCAGGAGAGCAGAUGUGGUCUGGUUGAUCAUGUGAAGUUUGGUCUUCAGUGAGAUUUUGCACUGUGGCAGAAAAGCCAUUGUUGCCUUGCUUAGCUUUGGUCAUCUCAUGCUUUUCCUUUUUGCCAUCUUUGCCCCUAGACUUUGCUGACAGGUAAAGCUGUCAUCCUCUCUAACAGUUUCCCUGUUCUCUUUCUUGUUGUUGGUCUUUGUCCUGGUCAUGUUUUUGCUACUAGCUAGGCCAGUAUCAAGAUGUAAUCUCAAACCAUAAUGUGAAAAAACUUCAUUAGUGCAACAUUUAUCUAACCAAGCUAUUAAUUCUUUACACCCUAAUGUCAGUAUGGAUAUUCUCCAUACUAUUCUUUGUGUAUUUUGUAUAUCGCUGAUAAGGAGAAUUUGUUUAUCAAUCAAGAGCUUCUUUAGAUGGCGAUCAUGUUCAUUAUUUUAGUGACCUCAAUUUGAGAUUCAGGGGUUAUAUUAUUAGGAGAGAUUAGACAUUAGUCACUUAUAGGGGUCAAAGGUUUAAGGUCAUUCCACCUUACCUCUCCACUCUUAUUAAACUGGCCUUGCCAAAGUCAAGUCUCCCACAAGGAUGCACACUUUGGAUUUCAGUAGCUUUCAGCAUGGUCCAGUUAACAACCAUAAGAGCAAAGUGGUCUUUCUCUAUCUGACUCAUUGCCAAGAUCCUAAGUACACAGCUGCUUGUGAUACAUAUAGUGUCGCCUCAUUCCAUCUCGGCAAGGAAUGUUACAGAUGGAAGCAAGCAUAACAAUUGCAUUAUCCUUUCCACAGUGGUGAAGUCUGGAUUUCAAGACCAAGUGACACCAUUAUGUUGUAUCUUUUGGGGAAGACACUUUGCUCUCACCUUGCUUUUCCUACCCUGGAGUACAGAUGAGCACUGGAAAACCAUUGGGCAGACAUGGUAAAGUGUUGGGGUGUAAACUUUGAUUUGUUGGCAUCCCAUCCAAUGGGGAAUAGCAAUACUUUGAGAGGCCUCUUGCUGUAGGGAACAGGAUAAGCUCUGGCAGUAUGGACCACUUGGCUUGGGUGCUGAUUUUUCUUUUACCUUCACCACUUUUAAAAGACAUCAAUAAAUGCUGGAUUACCAGAUAACUUCCCACUUUGAAACUUAAAAGAUUUAAGAAUCACUUCAGGAAGCUUAUCCUACAAAGGCUAAUGCAGCCAAACAUUACAAUUUUGCAGGGCGGUUAUAAGGCCUCUUGCUAAAUUUUAGCCAAGCAAAAAAUUUGGUCUUCUUUCCUUGGUGACCAAACUUUUGCAACUUGAAGUGCUGCUUAUUCCCAAAGAGUGAUACUAAGUUGCAAUACUGUCCUGCCCCUCCCCACUCCCUUGAACCACUUGCCUCAUUGUGACCCUCAGCUACAAUACUUCUAGGAUUGCACAGAAGAUGUGCUUUAGUCUAAAAUUUUUAAUCCACCACAAUCUGACCCUAUGCAACUAGAUGCAUGCCCCCUCUUUUGGACCACUUCCAUUCAUGCUUGAUAUUUAUGGUGUUUCCUUGUGAAAUCUUUGAUUCUAUAUAAAUGGUGGAAGGAGGGAACCAAGACUGACAAAAUGUCUUGAAGAAGUUGUUUACUUUAACAUAAGGAAGGAAUUUGGAAAAUGAAAUAUCAUGUAUGUUGUGGUGCUGACUAUGCUGCUAGUUAGGAACUGUAGCAUUAAGAACUUACCCAAAACGCUUGUAUAUGCCUUCUUCUCUUACUAUUGCCCAGUCUAGGGCUCCAAGCCUCUACUAAGCUUCCUCUUUUACCAGCCCUUUUUCUUGUAAUUCCCCUGUUGACAGCUUCAAGUCCCUUGAAAGAUUUCCCUCUUUAAAGCCUCCAUUUCUAAUAGUUCCCCUCUGUUUUAUGCUUCAAGUUUCUGGUAAGGCUUCCCCUCCCACCCACCCCCCCUUCUCUUAAGCCCCCCUUCUGGAUAGGGCCUCUCUUAUUUUUCCCUCUAGAACUGCUCCAAUUUUUUUAGUCAGCUCCACCUUUGUUAGGCCUCCCUCUUUACUAAGCCCAUUCAAUUCUUAAAUAUAAUUCUCCUCUAGAUCUCCAAGUUUUGGUAAGCUCCCUCUUUGUCCAGGUUCCCUCUUCUUUAAUUCCACCCCUCCCCCCUCCUCUAUCUAGAGCUCCAAAUAUCUAAUGAUAAUUCUCCAGUCUAAAGUAAGAUUUCUCUCAAUUAGCCCCCCCCUCUUUACUUAGGCCCCUAGGACUCUAGCACUCCUAGUGUUUGGAAAUCUUGCUCUCCAUUAUGCCCCCUCAGUAUUAAACUUCCCUGUCCAAUAAUUCCCCAGUCUAGGGCUCCAAGUUCCUAGUAAGCUUCUCCCUAUGUAGCUUCCUCACCCAAUAAGCUUCCCUUCAAAAGACUCCCCCCUGUUUAGAGCAAUAAGUCCUUAGUUAAGCUUUCUCUCUCAGAAUCUUCCCUCUCUUCUAAGCUCCCCUCUAAGAAUUCCCCGUCCAGAGCUCCCAGUACCCAGUAAACUUCCUCCCUUAAUUUUCCUUUCUAGAGCUCUAUUGUCCUCGCCAUUCUCUAUAAAGCCACUUGCUUUAAUAAAACCCCGUCCAGUAAUUCCCUUUCCUAGAACCCCGUGUCCUGGGAAACUUUCAAGAGCUCCAAGUUCCUAAUGUGGUUAGAUGGAGCAAUAGUGAGCUCUCCACUCAACCCAUCAAAACUGCAUAGCUGCUCUGCAAGCUGAUCAGGUUGGCAAUGCCCUCCACAUAUUCUCCUAUUUUUUCCACCUCUACACCAUCUACCAUCUAAGGCAACAGAGCAUGCAAAAUAAGUACACUAUACAACAGGGCAAAGAGAAAGACAGAAAGCAGAGCAACACAAUGGCUAUGCUUAACAAUCCAAACAUUGGUUUUUUUUGUGAAAGAGACUCAUCUUUUGUAGAAAUGAACUUAAAGCACAAUAUUUUUUUGUUGGUUGAAACAAACACUUUAAAUGGUUUUGUUUCUGGGUUUUUUAUGCUCAGGCAAGGCUGUAAGAAGUGCUUUGAAAACUGCAAUGUAAAUUACUAUAAAAUAAAUGAUAGUGGGAUAAUAAAUCUCUUAUUUGAUAGUUCAAAAUGUAAUAAUAAAAGCAGACAUUUUGCUGAUUGCUCUGACUUAUACUAAGUAGUGGGCAAAUUAUUCAGGCACCUGUGUAAGAUGGUGGACCAUCAUUUAAGGUGUGUAUAUUUUACUGGAAAAUAUGGAGAGAACUGUAAGAUGUUCAUCACUGCUGAAGGUUAAAAGGUUUUACUUAUUUUAUUUAAACUGUACAUUACAAACAGGUGGCAAUAUUCCGAACUCCAAAUGACUGCGGGUGGGGUGUGAAGACCAUGGAACACAUUGAGAAGAACCAGAUGGUAACUGAAUAUGUCGGUGAGGCCAUAACACAAGAGGAAGCUGAAGAACGAGGAAAAGUUUAUGAUAGUCGCGGGCAGACAUACUUGUUCGAUCUUGAUUUCAAUGAUGGAGAAUGCCUUUACACUCUUGAUGCCAAAAAAUAUGGCAACAUAUCGCACUUUAUAAAUCAUUCAGUAAGUGGGAAAUGUGCAGAGAGGUGCAUAGGUUUACUGAUCACAUCUCAAUUAUACUAUUAGUAAUGUACAUGAAAGAACUAUGCGCUUCUGAUUGGCUGAAAAGAAGUGGAUACUCAUUUAACACAUGCAAAGUUGUAACAUGGGUGCAAACAACAAAUACUGUGCUCAUGCUUUCAAAAUUUGGUCUGUCUUGACUGUGUGAUGUUCUUUCAUGUACAUUAUGAACAAGUAACCACAUGAUUUCUCUUGCAAUUUGGAGUAACAAGCACUUGUAAAUUAUUACAAAUUUCACUUGCCCUGCAGGCUCAUGCAAUUUUGUUGUCUUUGAAAAAUUUCCAAGUGCUCAUUAACACCAAAUUACACUUGAAAUCAUAUUACUCCCUACACAAAAGAGAACUGCAUCCUUGUGCAGGUGGCAAUGUUAUCCUUCAAAGAAAUGACUACCAGCAACAGAUCCAUUCAGAAAGGCAGUUUAUGGCAGAACUGAUGAAAAUAAUAUAAAAACAUCAUAUAUUGGUGUAUGGUGAAUUUGUUUCAUUGCAAUAUCCCCUCCUACCACAUAUGUGAGUGCACUUCCAAACUUCAUUUCCCUCAGUAGCUCAAGCUAAAAGAAUAUUUUCAUAUAUUUGUCCUCAGUGUGAUCCCAAUCUUGAUGUCUAUGCUGUCUGGGUUGACACCCUCGACCCUAACUUUCCACGCAUUGCACUGUUUGCAAACCGCAAUAUUGAAGUAGGAGAGGAGUUGACCUUUGACUACCAAAUGUCAUUGGAUACAGGAAGCAGUUGUUCCUCACCAAGGAAAAAGGAACACUUAAAAUGCCGCUGUGGUGCAGAAAAAUGUAGAACAUUUUUAUUUUAAAGAAUUUUUCAAAUUCACACACUCUUCUGUAUAUGCAGUUUUAAACCACCAAAUAGAAAAUAUAUGUAACUGUCACAAAAGUUAACCAAUUAGGAGAGCAUGGAGACAUCCUGAAACAGAGUUUGCAAGGUUAGAUAUUUUAGCUUAAACCAGUGCACCGCCUCUUUGAUGUCAUAGUGUUUAACACUAUGAUACUUGUUCAGAUUCAUGUACCAAUGGCAUGUACACUCUAAAUAACCUUUGGU